AUGUUGAAUUUAAAGACAUUCCUGAUGACGCUGGGCUUCACCCGACUUGUUAGCGGCGGUUCAUUGAUAAGAAGCGUUUGGACUCUGCCGAAAUACUGGCCAAUCGGCUGGAUGUGGGUCAAGACGAGUUUGUGGAAUCGGACAACGUUUCAGUCUCAACAAGUGACAUUCCAAAGAAAAAAAACGGACAAGAGAGUGACUGUGGGAGGCAAACGGCAGAGGGACCAUCUUUCACAGGCACAAACGCUUUCAGCAGGCCAGUUGAUGAACGCUGCCAGGAUAAAGCAAGACAGUAGCAUUCUCUUGCAUACUGAAGACAGAGACUGUGUGGCCAUGGAGGUGUGGUACCACAAGUCCUGUUCCAGACAGUACACCAGCUUCAUGACAAAGUCUGAUGUAACACUUACUGGAACCGCAGAUGAAGAAGUAAGUGAACCAACCUUUAAUGCCAGCUACAACAUAUUCUGCGAGAGGAUCAUCCGCCAAAGGAUAAUUGUUAAUCAGGAGGUGCUGAGAAUGAACCAGCUACGACCAAUGUUUUUAAAUACGAUGCAAAAACAUGAAGAUUGUGAUGCUUCAAACUACAGGCAGGAUAAAUUAAAGAGAAGGCUGACUCUGGACUUUCCCCAACUGGUGUUUCAAGCGCAACAUCUGCGAACUGUUUUUUGUUGAGACAUUGUCUGCAGAUAAGCUGAUAGACAGGCUACCUCAUCCAUCAGGUACAGACACAACUGAGUCAACUGAAGUAAGCCAAGGUGAAAGUGACACUGAACACAUGGCAAGAACACCAGCUGGUCCGCAAACUACUGAGAACACGAGGACACUUUAUAGUGCAUCGCUGAUAUUGAAGCAGCUACUAUGUGACUCUCCCGGUAUGACGUGCCUCUGGCCACCCACAUCAGAUGAUUUAAAUGUGUCCCAUGCAAAAUCUGUUGUGCCACUUGAAAUGUACAAUGUUAUUGCUUGGAUUGUAGGUGCAACAGAGGAACCAACACUAGCCUGUUAUGUUGAUAUUCCAGGAGAUGUGAACCUAAAAGUGAUAUCUGUUUGUCAAGACAUUAUGUAUCUUGCAUCUAAAGGUCGGAGGCAGGCACCCAAAUCAUUAUGUCUUGGUCUAAGUAUUCGGCAUUUAGCAGGUUCCUCACAAGUUGUGUCACUGCUGAGUGGACUAGGACAUUGUGCUUCAUGAGACAUUCUCUCAAAGGUAUAAUGUCUGCCCCUUCACCCAAUGGCAAUGGAUGGCACAUUGAGGAUGGUGAGUUAAAAGCAGUGUUGGGACUAACGCGUUACUUUGUAACGCGUUACUGUAACGCCGUUAGUUUCGGCGGUAACUAGUAAUCUAACGCGUUAUUUUUUAUAUUCAGUAACUCAGUUACCGUUACUACAUGAUGCGUUACUGCGUUAUUUUACGUUACUUUUUAUGUAGUAUAAAGUGUGUUUUAUCGGAGCGCUGCUGUGUCAUCGUUCUGAU